ACCAAAGACCGUUCCAUAGAAAUCUCAAACCUCAUAAACGCCCACAAAUAACCCCAACAAAUCCUUAUCAUCCCCCACCCUUUCUCUCUCCUUAACACCUCCUUCCUCUCCCUACUUUCUCUCUCCUCUCAGACCAACAAAAAUGGCGGAAAUACCAGACUCAUCUUCCUCCUCUUCUUCAAUGGCUGACACUCCUCAUCAAGACACUAUCCCUCAAUCUCAAUCUCAAAAUGAUGACGUACAAUCAUCCCAAGAAGACCCCGAAAUAACCACUACUUCCCACCAUCUUUUCCCUCCACCUGGGUUGACUCAUGACGAGUUCACCUACCUAAUACCUUCCAUUAACGAGUUUCACACUUACCGACUCAAAAAAGGCCGGCAAUGCUCAUCCUUACUUGCUCAAAAAAUUCACGCGCCACGCGCUGCUGUCUGGUCCGUCGUUCGACGCUUUGAUAAACCACAAACCUACAAACACUUCAUCAAAAGCUGCUCUGUACGUGACGGAUUCACCUUAGCCGUUGGAUGCACGCGUGAUGUUAACGUUAUCUCUGGAUUACCUGCCGCUACAAGUACCGAGCGAUUAGACAUCUUAGAUGAAAAUCGCUGUGUUACAGGAUUCACUAUAAUCGGCGGCGAACAUCGGCUGAGAAAUUAUCGAUCAGUUACUUCCCUACACGCGCCUCCAGGUGAUACGGAUGAACCAACAACGAUCGUAUUGGAAUCGUAUAUUGUGGAUGUUCCGGAAGGGAAUACUGAGGAAGACACGCGCCUCUUCGCCGAUACUGUGGUCAAAUUAAAUCUUCAGAAAUUAGCUUCGGUUGCCGCGGGUGGGACGGCGCGUGAAGGUACUGCGAGUGGGGGUAAUUCAGCUGUUGAAAACAGGUGAUUAUGCGUGGGGUCUACUUUUUUAUUUUUGCAAAUUGAGUGAAAAAGCGGGGGAAUCUGAAUCUGAGACGUAAAGAACAUUUUUCCUUUUUUGUUUUUUGUUUUGAUUUUAUUUUCAAUUUUCUUGUUUUUUUUUUCUUCAUUUUUCCCUUCAAAUUGUUUUUACUCAAUUUGUAAAUUUAUAUUUUUGCUGUAAGUUUGGAAUUUCACCCCACUCAAAAAUUAAGAAAAGGGGGAAUAUUGGAAUUUGGUCAAAAGAACGCAAGUUGUUUAUAGAAUUUGAUCAUUUUUAUGUUGACAUGAUGAUGUUGAUGGAUUAUUUUUAACAAUUAAGGACAAAGAAAACAAUAUUUCUCACAUCCAAAUUUGUUUUUGAGUCAUUUUUCAUGGUCGAUUGAUUGUAUUUGUUUGCAUUGUCGUUUGCCCAUAUAUAAACGUUGAAAUAGGGUUCUAUUUUAAGGUAGGACGAACGAGAUGGUUUUUUAAUGUAUGCUUAUGUAUUUGUAAAUAUGACAAUAUUAUGGAGAAUUUAGUCUUAUUUCAAUUGGGAAGUAAAUAUUUA